CGCUCGGUGUAACACUCGGAUGUACCUUUUAACGGCUAGCUCGUAAGAUCGCGUAUCUCGGGGCUUAGCUCCGGCGAGAGCUCGGUUCAGUGGCUUCCGACCGUGCACGGGGAUAUGAUCAAAGCGGAGAUGAUCAAGACGGAGGACAAUCACGCACAGAACAAUGACGACAGAGACCGGAGCAGGGAGCGCGACCGCAAUCGACGGUCGGACAGGCCGAACCGCAUAAACUCGGCCAGUCGCGACCGCAGCAGGGAGAGAAACGAUCGCGUCGGCAGGAAGGCCUCCGACCGGCGGAUCUACGUGUCGAACAUUCCUUACGACUUUCGCUGGCAGGAUCUCAAGGAUCUGUUCAGGACCGAGGUCGGCAAGGUGGCGCACGUGGAGCUCUUCACGGACGAGAACGACAAGCCGAGGGGAUGCGGGAUUGUGGAGUUCGAGGACUCGGACUCGGUGAAGAUAGCGGUGGAGAAGAUGCAUCGGUACGACAUCAAAGGGAGGAAGCUCGUUGUCAAAGAGGACUUUGACGUAGAACGUGACAAAUACGGCCGCCUAGCGACAGGUCGCAACAAUGAUAGAAAUCGAGACGACAGAUUCAGAGAUCCACCGAGGCCGCAGGGAGGCGGAAGGCAAAAUAUGUCCGCGCCCAGCGGCGCGGGAGGCGGUGGCGGCGGUGGCGGAGGUGGCGGCGGCGGCGGCGGUGGUGGCGGCGGUGGCGGCGGCGGAGGUGGAGACAAUAAAUUUGGAAACACCUACGGUCUUAGUACGCAAUUCUUAGAAUCUUUAGGUAUCAAUGGUCCUCUGGUCACAAGGGUCUUCGUCGCAAACCUGGAUUACAAAGUCGACGAGAAGAAGCUGCUUGAAGUUUUCAAACUGGCUGGGAAGGUGUUGCACGUCGAGCUGGGGAAAGACAAGGACGGUAAAUCACGGGGUUUCGGUGUCGUGGAGUACGAUCAUCCGGUGGAAUCGGUACAGGCCAUUUCGAUGCUCCACAAUCAGCAGUUGUACGACAGGCGCAUGACCGUCAGACUCGACAGAGCUAAUGAGCCGGACAUGCCGCCUAAAUUACCAGAAGGUUUAAAGGGUAUCGGCAUGGGACUUGGAGCCGGUGGUAACAGACUGUUGGACGUUGCCAGAAAUAUUCCCAAUGUACAGGCGAACAAUCCGCCGGUGGUGAAUCCGAUCUCGGCGCCUGUCUUGGCAGCGGGCGCUUUCGGCGCCGGUCUCAACAACGUUGUGCCCGCGCAAUUGGCAUCGGCAUUAUCGAACACGAAUGCAGCAGCCCUUCAGGCUAGCCUUGCCGGCGCGGGCUUGGGUGCCAAUCUCACCACCAGCUCCCUGCUGAAUUCGUCGUUGACAAGUGAAUUAGCGUCCAACUUGAAUAACUUCGGCGGCGGCGUCGGCAGCUUGAGCAGUUUGCAGGCUUCUUUGGCCGGCGGACAGGGGAACAACACGUUCACGCCGCGCGGAUUGUCCAAGUUGGAUAACGACAUAGGAUUUGGCGGUAACAACGCCUUCGGCGGCUCCAAUUUCGGCGGCGGUGGUAGAGAUUUCGACGGAGGCUUCAACAGAGGGGACGGCGAUCGCGUUUCCGGCGGUGGCGGCGGAUUCUCUGGCAAUCAAGGUCAGAGCGGUGGCGGCAAUCGGCAGAACUCCAACGGCUCGAGACAGAUGUCAGAUACCAUUCUCAUCGGCAACCUACCUCCGAACACCACAUGGCAGAUGUUGCGUGACAAGUUCCAAGACGUUGGAGAAGUGAAAUUCGCUGAGAUGAGAAGUUCCGACAUGGGUAUGGUACGGUUCGCAUCUGAAUGGGAUGCCGAGCGUGCUGUGACUAUGAUGAAUCGAUCGCGUAUCGACGGGAGAACGAUCGACGUGCGCCUCUAUUAAGAGCCGAAGGAUAGCCUCGAGGGAUUCAAGCGUGAGGAAGCUGGGUGUUUGUGUGUCGUCUGCAGGAUUCCACUCCUGAUGACAAUACUCGAAAUUCAUCCUAGUUGUCUGGCAGAACUUAGGACAGUGAGUGAGAAGUCUGUCUGUCUUUGGAAGAAUCAGCAAGUCGUGUUCGUAUGAUGGCUACUCAACGUUGAAAACGGUCGUGUGGUCCGGCCACUGAGACGUACACUCUCUCCACACCCUCUCUCUUUCUCUUUAUCCCCUCUCAAAUUUUCACACAAUUCUGUAUUGUUUAUUCACACCGGAAUUAUCGAUCCUUUUUACAACGGACGUCUACUAAUUGUUCUACUUCUUAAAAUCAGUUUUUUUUUUCUAGCGAUCGUGACUAUCUAGUUUAGUUUGUUUAGGCUUAUGUAAUGGGUUUUCGCUGAUGGCGGUCUUACUGUAAGCCGGCAAGUUUCUUUUUUCAGUGUGUAGGCUAUUCACUAUUUUACAGGUUAUUUACAGUAAUUAGCGAUUCUGUAUAGUCUGUAAGUCUUUACUUCUUAGUUAUCAUGAUGAGAGAUCGAUCGGUUUUCUCCAUCAUUCCGAUCCAUAACACGUGACGCACUCUGCUCGCACUCGCAGCCGGGUCCACCAUGGGAUUAGAGAUUAAUCUUUCGUUCAUGAAAACACACACUUUUUAACGUUGUAAAAUCGUUACUCGCUCGAAUUAGAUUUCCGGUUUGCGGCUUGAUCGAGGCUACGCUCGUUUAAAAAUCUUUACUUUAUGCAGAUCGUGGAUUAUAUGUGUUGGAAUUUCUCGUCGCAUCGUUCGCACUUUCUUAUGCGUAAAAAGAAAGAAAAGCACACGUGUGGUGGUGUUUGACAGGGGACAGCGCUUCGUCGCCACGAUUUCUACGCGGUAUUCACGUCGUUUAUUAUUAUUGACUUUUUUUUACUUUUCGCCGUACCAUACGUGCACACCGUGUUGCAUCUUUGUAAAAGUGACUUUAAUGACCUAAAUGAAGCAUUUACGAAAAAAAAAUUUGCUGUAGUCCGCCACCUUUUAGGAAGAGAUCCCCUCUCAGUUCACUCGAACUUCGGCUUCGAGAACGUUCGGCGAACAUCGGACGAUCUAGAUUUUCGGCUAAAUUCUGCGUUUUAUGCACCGUAGUAUGUUUACCAAAAAGUAAAUCGAGCCUGUCUCUCUCACUCUCGAAUCGACAUCGAAAAUAAGCGUCUUUUAAUAUUUCUGUUCCCUCGUAAAAACACCUUACGCGGACAAGACUUGAAUCGAUUUCCGGACGAAUUGCACAUUCGGUGCUACCGAAAUAUUUUUUGGUAAACAUAACUCUCCUCUCGCCAUGUAGAUCUCGAGGAACAUUCUAUUGUAUGACACCUUGUAACCACUAAUCUCAUAAUAGUGAUUGAAUAAACUCCAAAUCCGUUUUGACUAUAAAAAAAAAAA